AUGGCCCUCACCGACGUGAUCCUCGCCCCGUACGCCGCCGCCAAGGACGUCGCACAGAGUAUGAACCCCGUGAUGCUUGCCGCGCUUGUCGCCGUCGUCGUGGUCGUCAACGUCGUCGCGGCGAAGUCUUGGCAAGCACGCCGCAGCCGUCUCGACGUCGCUAAUUUCACCGCAAAGUUGGCCCUUGCCUCGGAGCUGAUUGUGCUGCCUCUGCCUAUCGGACCCGUCACCGACCCCGUGAUCGCCGCUACAAUUAAGUCGCCGCAGGAGUAUUCAGACCCAGCAGUCCAGGCCUGGAGCCAGGCUGUGAUUACCACGCCCGCCUUCGUGAUCCUCACACCACAGUACAAUUGGGGAUACCCCGGCCAGCUCAAGAACCUCCUUGACCACUUAUACAGCGAGUGGAAGAAUAAACCAGUCGUGCUGGUGACGUACGGUGGACACGGCGGCAGCAAGUGCGCCGAGCAACUUCGAGUGGUUUUGAGCGGCGGCUUCCACAUAAACGUGGUAGCGCACGUCGGCAUCAGCCUUCCAAAGGAGUUUAUCCGAAGCUCCGAUCGCGUCGAUGCGGCAGACGUCCCAUCUUUUCUGGCCAAGUAUGAGACGCAGGUGGACGAGGCCUUCGCAACUCUUCUCAAAUGUUUGCAGCAUUAA